AUGCCAUUUGCUGGAUAUGCCCCUUGCUUUGUCAGUCCUGUCCAGAGUGCUGGUGACAGGAUCGCGUGUCCUGUUCUGAAGCUGGCGGGCGGACAGCUUCUCCCUCCGCUAGUUUGCAGUUGGACAGUUGGUGUGCUGUUCUAUAUUGAAUAUAUAAACAUUUCUGAAGAAUGCUGCAAAUACAGCAUUGUUCAGGCAGGAAAUUGUGCAUUUCUGAAAAACUUUCACUCACUUUACAGAUUUGAUGAAAAGGAGAAUGUAUCGAACUGCAUCCAGCUGAAGACUUCAGUUAUUAAAGGUAUCAAGAAUCAACUGAUAGACCAGUUUCCUGUUAUUGAACCAUGGCUAAACCAAAUCAUGCCAAAGAAAGACCCAGUUAAAAUCGUAAGAUGUCAUGAACAUAUAGAAAUCCUCACUGUGAAUGGGGAGUUGCUGUUCUUCAGGCAAAGAGAAGGGAUUUUUUACCCCACGCUAAGGUUGCUUCACAAAUACCCAUUUAUUCUGCCACAUCAGCAGGUUGAUAAAGGCGCCAUUAAAUUUGUCCUAAGUGGAGCCAAUAUAAUGUGCCCUGGCCUGACGUCUCCUGGAGCAAAGCUUUACCCUGCUGCUGUCGAUACUGUCGUUGCAAUAAUGGCAGAGGGAAAACAACAUGCAUUAUGUGUGGGAGUAAUGAAGAUGUCAGCUGAGGACAUUGAGAAGGUCAACAAAGGGAUUGGUAUUGAAAAUAUCCACUAUUUAAAUGAUGGCCUUUGGCAUAUGAAGACAUACAAAUGAAACAAAAGGAACUGUUACUCCAAAGGAAUGCACUUAGAUUAAAUGUGGACUGCUUUGUAAUUCCUUGUUUUUAAUGUGACUGAAUGUACAAAUUAUUUUGUUCUGUGGCUAUGCUAAAUAAAUCACGUGAAUGCAAAAGUACUGUUAGGCUACAAUAGUUUUCUAGAUUUCUUUUUAUUACAGUUAUUUUGUUCUGUCUUAAACCUAAGUCUUCAGUGACUGAAGAUACCUGGUGGAAAGAUUCUGCAUGGACUGUGAGUAGACUAUUUCAAACAGAAAGGAGGAAAAAGCCAAGAAAUGUUUACAUUUUUGUGCUCUUCUAAAAGAAUAAUAUAAAGUGUAUGUGAAAUAUAAAUACAGUUUUUUAAAACCUCUGAAA